CGGAAACGAGCUGACACACACAGGGAGAGAAAGGGAGAGAGAGAAAGAGAGAGAGAGAGAGAAAGAGACAGCAGCUGUCUGUUUUCUUAAGGGGGAAAAGUGCGCUGGCUCUUCGCAUUGUUUCCGAGCUGAGCAAGUGGGAUCCUCACUAUACAAGGAAGGGUGAGAAUAAAAGGAAAACUGCAGUCCUGUCUGAGUCCAGGGAAAAACACCAAUCUUUCAAUAAUCCCAGAAUGUUACAAAAUGAAACGCAUUGCCCUACACAAAUAGAUGAAAAAGGUGUUGAUAUUAUCAAUAUAAAAGGAAUUGAUGAUAUAGGAUAUGUACAGCAUGAAUCUAUGAUUUUGAACACCUUUCCUACAGAGCAGGAUAUUAAAAAGCCAAAUGGUUUGUAUCUGCAAGAUGGAAAACGUCACGUGGAUUAUGUGCUGGUGUAUCAGUAUAAGAAAUCAAACCGCAGGGGGAUAAGCUCACGCCACCGGGGUUCAAUAGGUAGCCGUCAGCAGGAACAAGAAACCGUUCCUCCUCUCCAUCCAUCGGAUUUUCCAGAGGAUGACAGGAGAUUGCGCAGGGAAGAGUUUGAACUAAACCUUUUAGAAUCUGGAUUGGAACUGGAAAGUGAUGAAGAGACAAAAGCUUACGGCCUUGGAUUUGUGAAGAUACAUGCGCCAUGGCCUGUGCUUUGCAGAGAGGCAGAAUUUCUCAAGAUUAAGAUGCCUACUAAAAGGGUCUAUGAAGUAAAGCAGAAAACGGGGAUCCUCGGUAAAAUUUCAAACAUCGUUCAUAAAAUGACUUCUCCAUUGCGACCAAAAGUGGAAGAUAAUGACACUGAAUUUAAGAACCUUUCCUACCCAUUCUCCAGAGAGAAGAAGCACUUAUUUGAUCUUUCAGAUAAGGAUAACUUUUUCACCAGUACAACAAGAAGCACAAUAGUUUAUGAAAUUUUAAAAAGAACAACUUGCACCAGAGCAAAAUAUAGCAUGGGGAUCACCAGUCUUCUUGCCAGUGGAGUUUACACUGCAGCCUAUCCUUUACAUGAUGGUCAUUAUUCAGGUGAUCCCACAGAGCAAAAUGAUAGGAAGCUUCUCUAUAAAGAAUGGGCUCGUUAUGGAAUUUUUUAUAAAUUCCAGCCACUUGAUCUCGUUAGGAAGUACUUUGGCGAGAAGAUUGCCUUCUAUUUUGCCUGGCUUGGAGUCUACACACAAUUACUGAUUCCAGCAUCCACUGUUGGGGUCAUAGUGUUCCUGUAUGGCUGUGCAACUGUUGAUCAGAAUAUUCCCAGUAUGGAGAUGUGUGACGAACGCACCAACAUCACAAUGUGCCCACUGUGUGACAAAACUUGCAGUUACUGGAAGUUGAGCAGUACCUGUGCCACAGCCCGAGCAAGUCACCUGUUUGAUAAUCCCGCAACAGUUUUCUAUUCAAUUUUUAUGGCAUUAUGGGCUGCCAUGUUUUUGGAACAUUGGAAAAGAUGCCAAAUGAGGCUCAUAUACAAAUGGGAUCUUACCGGAUUUGAAGAGGAGGAGGAACGAUUAAAGGAUCAUCCACGGCCUGAAUAUGAGGCCAGGGUUCUGACUAAAGUUUUGAAGAAAGAACUUCAAAAGAAGGAAGAGAAGUCAUCGGAAGCAGUGGAAGAACAGCCAAACAAAUGGAAAAACAGAGUUUGGUCUGCCAUGGCCGGGGUGAAAUUGACUGAAAAGGAGAAGCUGACUUGGAGGGACCGUACUCCAGCCUACAUAACCAAUAUCGUCGCUGUUCUAUUUAUGAUUGGUCUGACAUUUGCUAUAGUCUUUGGAGUGAUCAUGUACAGAAUCUCCAUUGCAGCAGCCAUAGCUGUGAGCCCUGAUCCAUACGCCAAAGCCCAUGUCCGAGUCAUUGUCACAGCUACUGCAGUUAUCAUCAACUUGGUGGUUAUUCUCAUUCUGGAUGAAGUCUAUGGCUCCAUUGCCAGAUGGCUGACAGUAAUUGAGGUUCCCAAAACAGAUAAAAGUUUUGAAGAAAGAUUAAUUUUUAAGGCUUUUCUGCUGAAGUUUGUGAAUGCCUACACCCCCAUCUUUUAUGUUGCAUUUUUCAAAGGCAGGUUCACUGGUCGACCUGGAAAAUAUACCUAUAUCUUUCGCCACAUGAGAAUGGAAGAGUGUGCACCUGGAGGCUGCUUGAUGGAACUCUGCAUUCAACUGAGCAUCAUCAUGCUGGGCAAACAACUGAUUCAGAACAACCUGUUUGAAAUAGGCAUUCCGAAGCUGAAGAAGCUAAUACGAUAUAUAAAGGCAAAAAGAGAGGCUAAAUUGGAAACUGAUAACAACUUCAAGGCACCCCGGCAAUAUGAAAUUGACUACAAUUUGGAUCCAUUUGCUGGUCUAACUCCAGAAUACAUGGAAAUGAUAAUCCAGUUCGGAUUUGUGACCCUGUUUGUGGCCUCCUUCCCGCUCGCUCCAUUAUUUGCUCUAUUGAACAACGUCAUUGAAAUCCGCCUGGAUGCGAAAAAGUUUACCAGUGAGCUCCGAAGACCCAAUGCAUCAAAAGCAAAGGAUAUUGGUAUAUGGUACAACAUUCUCAGAGGGAUUGGCAAGUUGGCAGUCAUCAUUAAUGCAUUUGUGAUCUCUUUCACCUCUGGCUUCAUUCCACGCCUCGUCUUCAUGUACUUGUACAGCCCAGACCGCACAUUGCAUGGGUUCACCAAUAAUACCUUGUCCUACUUCAAUGUCAGCCACUUCGAGACAGGAUCAGAGCCCCUUGAACCAAUGGCACUCGGAUACAAGGUUGAGAUCUGCAGGUACAAAGACUACAGAGAACCUCCAUGGUCUUCUCAACCAUAUGAUCUGUCAAAGGAAUUCUGGUCUGUCUUAGCAGCCAGAUUGGCUUUUGUCAUCAUUUUCCAGAACCUAGUUAUGUUUAUGAGUGACUUUGUGGAUUGGUUGAUCCCAGACAUUCCAAAGGAAAUCAGUGAGCGCAUGUCUAAAGAAAAGUCAUUAUUGGUGGAUCUCUUCCUGAAAGAAGAGCAGACCAAACUGCAUAUCGUGGAGGUACUAUCUUCCCAAGAGAAAGAGAGGAAAGAGGAAAACAUCGAAGAAAGCCCCAAGGAAAAUGAGGAGCCAGUUGAAAACUGCAUGGACGGCGCAGAUUCUUCCCGCUCCCAGCUUAUAAAUGCAGGACCGGAAGUUAUUUAGAAACUGAUGCUUUAAAGUAAACUUAAGUUUCUUUAGUUGGGGCAUUCCACAAUAUGGCAAGGCAUCACUUAAAAAGGAGCAGCAAAUAUCUGAUCUGUACUAACAGCACCUAUGGUGGAUGGCUCCAAUUUUGCUGCUGUUCAUGUUGCCAUUUUGAAAAUGUUGAUGCAAGAACUACUUCCUUUAUGGAUGAGGUGGACCAUGAUUUGACUGUUAAAAAUAGUUAUAUUUUUACACAGUGCAAUGCAGGGAGUGUCACUGUUUCGUAUUCCACAGGAAUGCUUUUUCAGAUAUUUUCCAUUUCCUAAGUAACAGUACAAUCAAGCUUAGUUGUUAGCUUGGAAAAUAAUUCAUAGCGAUGAUGGCAACAGUUUCCUUUUGAGCUAUUUUUUUGCCACAAUUAAAAUGAACUUUUUUUAUUAUACAUAUUUAUGGUUAGUUAUCUGAGUCUCCCUUUUUGUUUUCUUGGAUGUUUGAGUAAAGGCAGAUUUCACCCCUCCCCCACCCCCAGUUUAAAAUGUUUUAUUCUAUUAUAUUCUAUUUUAAAUGUGAACAAACAAAACAACUUCACUUUAAACCAAGGUUGCCAUCGGUUAAGAACACAUUGCCUACGUUAUGAAAGGGGUGUCUGUUUUGGAUAAUGUGGUUUUGAGGGAAGCAAAUGUGGGCAAAGCAAUAGCAAUCAGGAAUUUGUAAAUUAUUGCUGUAGUAGCAGAUUGUAUUAAUCCAAAUUAAUGCAAUAUCAGCUUUGCUAAUCUGAACACAUUAUCCAACUGGUAGUUUGAGCAUUUAUGUAAUCAAUGGAAAAUCCUGGAAUACCUUCCAUAGCAAUGCUGUCCUUUUGGCCUCACCCAUUUGAGCAUCUUAAACUGGGCAUAUAGAAGCAGCCCCUCGUUAGCUAGUUUUAUGAAGGAGCCAGCUAACUUGAUUGUCGUGCUCACCAAUGCCAGGAUGUUUUACAAGCACAAUUUCCUUUUUGUGGUAACGAAACUUGCCAUCUGAUGGUUUUCACAAAGGGGCCUUAGUGGAGAUUUCAAUUAUGUAGUUAGCUUCCAAUCAUGCACCUUAACUUUUAUAAAUGCCAGCAGGACCCUGAUUGAUAUAUAAACCAUUUACUAACUUAUGAGUAGAUAGGUUACUAGCAUUCAAUAAUAUGAUUGGCUGAAUAAAGGGGAUUAAUUCCUGGUGGAGUCCCAAAUUCUAAGAAUUGUUUCUACAACAAAAAAUAGUGGGGACACGUUUUAGGAUCCCAUUUCAAAUUAAGACAGAAUGGCAUCCAGUAGACCUUCUGGAUGUUGCUAUUCUGAUACAGGAAACUAAAUUGUCUAAAGCAAAAGACAAUCCCUUCAUCCUUUAAUAGACAAAGACACAGAGAUGGAAGGUCUAUCUCUCUCCCUUUCUCUCAAUUUUCUCUUCUUCCCUUCUGUCUUUCUUUCUCUAACUUUCUCUCUCUCUCUCCUACACAUCACUAAUGAAACUCAGACCAUAAUUGCAAUUCGUUUCUUACAUGUCUCAUAACUGUUUAAGAUGGUGCCAUUGACAGAGCCAUUACCUCCCCACAAACCCACCUCCCACACUUGUAAGGUAAAGCUGUAGGCACCAAAUUAGUUAAGUGUAAUUUCAGAUUUCUUAAAAGCUGCUUUAUUGUCAGUGUUUGAAAUCGACCACAUUUCACGUUUCAGUUCUGAAAACUAGCAAAUUUUAAGUAAUGAGCACUUUAGUGUUUUAAGACUUCACUCUUGUAAUUGGAUUAUCACUAAAAAAAAAUGACUUCAAAGCAGAACAUUAUCCACCUUAACAGGAUGAUUUUCAAUAUUUAGAGGAUUGCCAUAUGUAACACUGUACAUCGGUUGUAUAGAACUUCCUUCAUUUAAUGCAUUCUGAGUAAUUACCCACCAUAGAGUCAAGUGUAGUCUCCAGAUAUUAUUUUUCCCCAACUUUUACAUUUUUUCCAUGUUUAUAUGCCUCUUCUGUCCAGGAUCUCAGGCAGAAGUUUGCUGAUUUUUGUCUCUAUUAUCUGUGACCCACCUCUGUAGUGUCAUUUCUAAAUGGUUUUUACCAAUGUAAAUUCUGGGGAUGCAGCAGCCCAUGAGUUCCCUACAUGCCAGCCACUACUAAAGCUAAAUAGGUACUUGGUAACAUUUAACACCUACAUUUCCUUCUGGGUAAACAACAUCCUGAAAAUAAUAAAUCUUAAAUCAAUGCCCAAUUUGGCCUUUUCUCAACACCUUUCUCAUAUUCACAGUGAGUCUGUGAUUUUCAUAAGCAGACUGAGUCCCUUAUGAACCAUAAUUAUUAAUAUAUUAAGCUGGUCCAGACCAAGAAAUGGGGUAAAUAGCUCACUGGAAAAUGCAUCUUCCUUUACACUUGGAUGUACAAAUAAUCCUCUCCUCCAAUAGAUAAUUUUAUACAGGCAUAAAAAUUACUUAUCCAAAUUUGAAAGGAAUAAUUUUAAUUCUUGUAGCUUUCAGCAUGUUCUUGAACACAGUCUCUGGUAUAAUGUGUUAUCAAAAUCCUAUUUUUCCCUCCACAAAAGAGAAUAAGUGAUAGCAGACUUCCCUGAGAGGGUCUUUGGAUUACCAGAAUAUGUCCUCUUAUAUAGAAGCAGUCUUGUUUCGAGACUGUCUGCUUAAAAGGGUUCAGAAGGUCAGAUUUUACACCAAACUAGACAAAAGUGGGAAUGGUUAGAAAUUGUGCCAUCCUUUAGUACAUUUCCCAGAGGCUAUAUUUCAAACCUCCUCUCAAGUUAUAAAUCACAUCUCUAUCUGUCAUUGAUUUGUUUACAAUGCAUUCAUUUCAAUUGUCCCAGUAAAGUAAUCUAAUCUUCAUUAAUUUCCAAACACAAGACAUUACCCAUAUAUUCACAGACUGACAACUGAGCUUAAAAGUGGAGGUCAAAGACAACAGCCUUCAUUUGAGCUUAGCUGGCAGCCAUGAAAAAUAGAUUGAGACAACUUGUGCUUGGUGCAACUGUUAGUGUCAGUCCCACGCCAGAAAGCCUUUGCUGUCCAAGACCACCUACUUGAGCUUUGCCCAACCUGAAUGCUUGGCAUGGCAUCAGCUUGUACUGCCUAUUGUAGGGUACUGCGUAGGUGCAGCCUACCUGCUACCUUCUUUCAUUCUGACCACCACAGAAGAUCCAUUCAUUUGCACUGCUAUGGACAUGAUUUUGCACAAAACUACAAAUAUGCCUUGAAGCUCUAGAAGUCAGAAAAUAGAGCUGCUUUUCCUUUACCUUUCAUUUACUCUGUUUCUCUAUAUUCAGCUGCUCUGUUCAUUUGUGUAUUUUUUCGUCAAAUUGCAAGUUGCUUGAUUUGAUUUCUUUUCUCUUCUCCCCUCCCCCCACCCCCUUCAAUAAACCAGUUAACAUUACAGGAGGAGCAUUUCCCUCAUAUAUUUGAAGCUUUUUUUUUGUUUAAAACCCAGGUAGUGGGAAUGGGAACUCUUUUAAUACAUGUAUAGCAUGUGUGUUGUGUCAAUUUUCAGUGCAUAAUUUUGCUGAUGAUAAGACUAAUGUCUUCCACCUUAAGCCAUUCUUUUAUUGCUUGGAAGCUCCUCAGAACACGAGAGACUAUUGGAGAAAAGAAAUGAGCAAAUUUGAAAUGAUAAAGUAUGAGAAAGCAUCACCCAACCCAAAAUUAAACAUGCCCAAAGUGAAUGGUGAACUGAGUGUUCAAAAUGGCAAAACCUAGCAAUUGGCAGAAUUUCUAUUUUAGAAAAGGAACUUAAACUAUAUUUUGAUUUUUUAAUUGAAAUUGCCAAACUACUGUUCAAAAACAUCAAUGUGACAAGUCAACUAGAGGUCAUGUGACCAGUGUGGCCUAUUUGAGAAUGCAUUGAGUAAGAGAUGUCAUAGCAUUUCUCCUGCAUAUUGGUGCGCAGUUUGAGGGACUGUUUUCAAGUAAAUGGGUAAAAUUUACUGUUUUAAAUAGAUUUAAGUUCUCCUUUUAUUUGAGCAAGAUUCUGAAGCAUGUUAUUGAAAAGAGGGGGACUUUAAAAGUUCUGCAGAGUACUGUAAAAGGGGAGGAUUAUUAUACUGUAAUCACAGUAACUGCUUGUUAAGUGUAAUACUGAACAGAAGGUUGGUGCCAGUUUACUGUUCUGAUGCAGGCUGUCGAUUCUGGUUUACAUCCUGCUGGAACAUAUUGCUCUGUAAGCUCUUUUAUAGUUCAUAAAACAAAGAAUUGAGACCAGAGAGCCCUUUCUCAUUAAUUUCUAGAUCAUACUCCUGAAAGUGAUGUCGCCACCAAUUAUGUUUUAUUUUAACAUAUUUCUAUUCAUUUAAGGAGUACAGUUGGGACAUAAUUAUUGAAAUGUAUGUCUUUCAUAUUUUGCUCACACAAAUUUUACCCCUUUGCAAACAAUUUUAUUUAGAUCCUCACUGCCCACGAUAGAUUUUGGAGGGGGAAAAAAAUAAAUCUUGUCAUUCUUUAAACAAGAAUCUAAAUAAUUUGUGUACUGAAAUUUUGUUUCCAGUUCGCACUUGGUGUGUCGACUGUAAAACCUGUGCAAAUGCAUAUUGGGAAUUGUGAAAAUAGAGGAAACCAGCUAACAUCUCAGAAUUCUGAAAACUCAAGUCUCUCAUUCUGUUAAAACAUUUUUGUGUAAAAUCUAUUUGUGGCCCUGAAAAGGUUACUAAGCACUUUCGUUUGCAGCUGAACUGUAAUCAUAAAUUUGAUGAUAUGUUGAAAUAAUAUCCUGUUAAAGAAGCACUAAUAUACGUUUAUUAAUCCAAUCUGAAUUGAUAUUUGCCAAUAUUGUGUUCAACUUGUUACCAUGUCCUAAAAUUGUUCCUUACAUAAUCAGUGUACCAAUAAUGUAACCAAUUCUAUUGAAAGGCAGUCUACUUAUGAGCAACUAUUUUCUUAUCCUGGUCCAUGCUAUUUGGCAGGAUUCCACUGUAGUGGUACUCUAAUGAUUUUGACAUAUAAUUUUAUCUUUAUACAACUAUACAAAGUAACGAUAUGAAUAAUGAAAAUAUGCUAGAACAAAUAAAGUUCAGUUUUAGGGUU